AUGUUGAAUAGAAGCACAUGGGACCUCUUAGCGGAGUGCAGGCUCAGACAAUGUCAGAAGUUAUCCACAGCAGCAGCUUUCUCAGUCCUUGCCUGUGUGCUGGGCAGAGCUGUGGUGGCCCCUCUCACAUGGGCUGUGUUGUCUCUGCUGCAAGGACAGGCCUACACUUGUGCACUCAGUGAGUUUGUGGAUCCCAGCAUCGUCCCAGGGUUUCCCCUGGGGAAGAGCCCUGAAUUGCUGGCCCAGCUUCCCUGUGAGGACAGUGUUUCUGCAGAGUUGAAGCCUUUCUGGAGAGACAUACAGCGGCACCUCAAGUAUCAGUCUCAGCUUAUUGGCUGGUUGUUGGUUGCUACUAUGUCAGUUGCUGUCUUCCUGCUGAAGUGUGUGAGACGGAGCUGCUCUCCUCUGGGCCACCAACAGGAAGAGUACUGGUCUCAGUACCGCACAGCUGAGCGGAGUCUCUUCAACAGCACAGCAGCGGCCCAUGCCCAGCUCAUAGCCAUGCAGAACGUGAAAAGCUUCUUUGGCUUUGUGUCCCUGGAUUCUGCUCAGAAGGAGUUAUUGGGGGAGCAGCCCAACAGUCGGCCUGUCUGCAGCACAGACUGGAACAGGGUCACGGGGGUAUGCCUGUAUCGAGAGAAAAAUGGACUGCCCCUUUAUAGUCGCAUCCACAAAUGGGCCACCUACAGCAAAGAUGAAAUGGAAAAGGAGAUGAAUGAAAUGUGA